AUGACGACGGCAACUUCUACUACUACUAGUAGCGGUAGUAUCCAUCCCGACUUGUUGGUGGGAAAGAAACUCAAGCGAGAGCAUGAGCGUUCCUUUCGCGAGCAUGUGAGUGCUCCUACAUCCGCGUUUGCCAAGGCGCAAUUGGAAAAGAUGGGUUGGUCGGAAGGCACGGGGUUGGGCAAGAAACGCAACGGCAUCACGUCGCAUAUCAAAGUCAAGCGACGCAAGGAACAUUUGGGAGUGGGUGGCAGCGAAAAACCGGAAAUUGUGGCCGCCAUGGGAGAUUCCGAAUGGUGGAAAGACUCAUUGGGAGCCACGCUGGCCAAGUUGGGGGAUAAUAAGAAAAAGAAGAAAAAAGAUAAAAAGAGCAGCAAAAAGAGCAGCAAAAAGGAGAAAUCAAAAGCUGUCAAGACAUAUACGGACGAAGAGCUAUUCCAGGCAACGGGAGGAGCUAGAUUUGGAAUGAGAGCUGGAAUCACUAACAAUCUACACAAAUGGGUCAGGACUGAAACCAACAAUAGUAAUUCACCUUCUCCAGUUGAUAAUGCCUCGGAUGAUUCCGAUAUUGCUGCCAAAAAUACAGAAGAACCCAAAGGCAAGGUCGCUACUGACUCUGAUAAAAAGGUGGAAGAACCUUCUGAUGAUGCGGAUGAAAAAGCAAAGAGAAAACGAGACAAGAAGGAAAAGAAGAAGAAAAGAAAACGAGAAGAAGCUACUCAAGUGGAUGGUUCCACUAAUGAUCCUCCUUCAGGCGAGGAAGAUACCGCUCUUUCCAAGAAAGAAAGGAAAAAGGCAAAGAAAGCUAGGAAGGAAAAGAAGAAAAAGAGCAAGACCAAAGAUUGA